CUCCGGCAGCAGCCCCGAAACCACCACCGAAAUCGCCAACCAAGUCCGCAGCGCCUGCGAGGAGUACGUACGGGUUCUUCCAGGUCGAGGAUCACGGUGUCGACAAGGGCUUGAUACGGGCGGCCGAGAGGGGGACGGAGGAGUUCUUCUCGAUGGGUUUGGAGGAGAAGGAGAGGGUUAAGAGGAGAGACGGGGAGUUUUUUGGUUAUUCCAAUAGUUUUGGGUUUAGAUGCAAUAUGCCGUGGAAGGAGCUGUUGAGGGUCGAGAGGGAGGGCGUGGGUGAGUAUUUUGUGAAGGUGUUGGGCGAGGAGUUCAGGCAAUAUGGGAUGGUGUUACGAAAUUAUUUCAUUGCAAUGGCUGAGCCUUGGGAGUUCGUAGCUCAACCUUUACGGACUUGUAUGCAAACAACGAGUCCUUCUUUAUGGCCAAUUACUACCCUCGUAGUCCGAAACCGGACCGAACCUUAGGAACCGGUCCGCAUUAUGAUCCAAACUCCAUCACCAUUCUGCGCCAAGAUGAUAAUGUCGACGGCCUUCAGGCGCAGACGAACAAAAGGUACAAGAGCUGCAUGCACAGAGCCGUAGUCAGCAGCACGACGACGAGAAAGACGAUGGUGUACUUUGUGUCGCCGGAGAUGGACAAGACCGUCCGACCGCCGGAAGAGCUCGUGGAUGCCGAGCAUCCAAGGGCUUAUCCGGACUUCACAUGGGGAAUGCUGAAGGAGUUCACUCGGAAGCAUCAUACGCCUGAUACUCAGACGCUAACUGCGUUUGUUGAAUGGCUUAAGAAGAAGAAGGAGAAGGAGAGUGGGAAUGAGUGAGGCUGAUGAGAACUGUGUUUUGAGCGUCUUUAUAUAUAUAUGAGAAACCAGAAAUAAUAAAGGAAAUUAUGAGAGAAAGAAAGUAAUUUUAAAAAGAAUUAA